UGGAUAGACAGGUACGGGUACACUAACGUAUGGGGCGUUUAGACCAAAUUCAGGCUCAGAAGCGAACCAACGCUACACACCGUACGUGUCCCCAAGACCGUCGUCCGUUUUCUGACAGGACCACUUGAGUGCCUUUGACCUUGACCAUGUCGUCGACCGGAACCGGACGUGACGUCACAGUUCUCAUCCCCCUGUGUAAGGCGAACCCGGAUAAGGAAGCGGACCUGAGAAAGUGUCCGACAGUACGGGUCAAGCAUGUCAUUUUCGACUGCAUCGAUGAAAAGGAGACUCUCAUGAAUUACGUUCAACGUUUGAAGAAGGUUGUGAAAGAGAAUGACGUCAGCGUUGUCCUGCCAACGACCGACCUGUCCACGUUCGCGCACGCCGCCCUGGCCCGGGAUUUCCCGCACAUCCCCGGCCCCAGUGUGGAGUCGUGCUACCUGGCCUUCCACAAACCGUACACUCGGAAGCACCUGGACUUUGCCGAAAUGCCAACCCCCUACGACGUGUUAGAUUUGGACUCUCCCACUUUGCUCCAAGAUGCAGAGAAAGCCUUGGAGACAGUCGGCCUUCCUGCCUUCGUCAAAUCCGGAACAGCUACGUUGGCCUAUGGUCUGAAGAAGAUUGAAAGUUACGACGACUUGAAAGGCGCACUCAUAGACUUCAAGACCAUGAGGGACGAACACCCAGACUUCAUGUUUGCACCAAGUGCUGCAUUCUACAGGGACUACUUUACGGAGUACCUAGAUGUCAAAAAGUACCCCCUGGCCCUGUGUGACGUUGUUCUGGUGGAACCGUUCCUGGAUGCCGAGACUUUAUGUACCAUGGACGGCUGUGUGGUCAAUGGGAAGCUGGUUCACUGGACGAUCACUGACGAGCUCCAGUAUGACGGCCACGAGGCGAAGUUCACCUCCAUGUUGGGCCCCACGAACGAGCCACAGGACGUCCAGACACGCAUGUGGAAAAUCUAUGACGACAUCAUGGCCAAGAUGAUUGAGUGUGGCUUCAACGACGGCUACACAAACAUCGAGAUCUUUAAGAUGAAAGAUGGAAAGCUGAGACUGUGUGAGGUGAACGCACGUGGCUCCAGACUGGUGCAGGGAAUCUACAGACAAGUCUACGAGAACGCGAACCAAGACUACGUCUACUUGGCAGCGGGUACCGGCCUCGUCCCCGCCACCCCUCCUCCCACCGGACGGCACGGGGUCGCUUACAUGGCCAAGUUCUUGGGGCAUCAGGAAAGGCCAGGCGAUUUCUUGGACUUCGACAAGAUCGCGCAGCUGAAGUCGGACCCAGACGUGUACAUCUCCCCGUACUACAAGCGGGAUGACGAGUUAGCCGACAUCCCGGGUAGCGCGGGGUGUGACAUCUGUGCAGUGGUCGCCUAUGGCAACAACAGGCACCAAAUGAUGAAGAAACUGGUGGAUGUUCUACGUCUAAUCGUCAAGAAACCAGAACGACUUGCCUAUCCCGUGUCUGAGGAGAAUAUGAUGUCCAUUCUUUACUGAUUGUAACCGCCUAGGCUAACGUCAAAUUUAUAAACAAUCCGGGGCCCGGUCAGGCUAGUUAUGGAAACGAAAAAUAGUAAAAAAAUAUACACAAAUAGUGCCCACGACCAUUCUCUUUACGUCUUAUGUAGUUGGGUGUCUUUCGUAUAAUGGUUUUUUGUUCCCGAAAGCUGCCCGGCCAGGCCCCGGUUUGGACAUGUGACAUAGGCCUAAGAUGUUGCCUUACACUCGCUGUGACCACGUACACUGUGAACUAAAAUUUGACAGAUCCCUUAAGGAAUUUAUAGGUAAAAUGUUUGAUAUUUUUACGCUUUGUGUAUUUUGAUGUCUUUCAAGUCGUACUUUUAUAUCUUGUAUGGUUUUUCAAUUAUGGAAUCAAGGGCUAAUUGCAAUUAAUAUUUAGGUCGCAACGAGAUCACAUUCUGGUGGAAUAGAUGCUUUAACUAGCGAUAUCUAACUUUCCAGAUCAUAUAUAUGGCCUCUAGAUCACAUUCCAUAUAUGAAAUGAUAUAAUACAUGUCAUCAGUAUUUCCAUGCGGCCGGUAAAAUACCCCUUUGCCGGUCUUAUAAAAUGGUCUCUACCAGACUGCAAAGAAACUGUAUUUAACGCACAUGGUCCAAAAGCGCCGCCAAACGGCGAAAAAUAUCAUAACAUGCUGAAAGCAUAACCUGGGCCGCUAGGGGUCCUCAUUGACACGUGAAGAACCGCGAUAUCGUUUUUUUUAUCAUAGAUCGUGCAUCAGGGUCGACGUCAAAGGUUGCAAAUCUGUUGACAGAACG